CCCGGAAGUGUAUCCUUCAGAAGUUAGCGGUGUUUUGCGAGUCUUUUUGUGAGCAGCUUUGAAUUAAUAAUCAAAUACCCAACGCCGGACUGUGUGGAAAAACUUGAAGAUGAGCCAGACAGAAAAAGAGAAGGGUCCUGCAGCCCUGAGGGAAGAGGGGAACAACCUUUUCAAAGCCGGGGACAUGCAGGGUGCAGUGUGCUGUUACACCACAGCACUGAAGCUGAGUGACAACAGACAAGCGAGCGCUGUACUGUACCGCAACCGCGCUGCAUGCUACUUGAAACUGGAGGACUAUAACAAGGCAGAGACUGAUGCCUCCAAAUCUCUUGAUACUGACCCAAGUGAUGUGAAAGCCAGGUUUCGGAGGGCUCAGGCUUUUCAGAAACUUGGACGUCUUGACCAGGCCUUUGUGGAUGUGCAGAGGUGUGCCCAGCUUGAGCCCAAAAACAAAGCAUUCCAAGAUCUCCUAAGACAGCUAGGGGCACAGAUCCAGCAGAAGUCGCAACAACUAAACUCUACAGAUGCACGUGUGCAACAGAUGUUCUCGCUCCUUGUAGAUGCAUCUGUGAAAGAUUCUGACCGACAAAAGGCUGCCCAGAAUCUAGUGGUGUUAUCUCGAGAAGACGCAGGAGCUGAGCAGAUUUUCCGAAACGAUGGCGUGAGGCUGAUUCACCAACUCCUUCAGUCAAACCAGGAGGAUGUUGUCCUUUCUGCGCUGAGGACUCUGGUUGGCUUGUGUACAGAGCAUCAGUCCAGAACUAUGGCCAUAGUGAAUGAGCUGGGCAUGGAGCAACUGUGUGCAGUAAUGGGAUCAGGAGGCUCGGCUGUUUCUCUGGCCACCUGCCACCUGCUGCAGGUGAUGUUUGAGGCUCUCACAGAGGGCAUGAAGAGGGAGAUCAGAGGAAAGGAAGAAGCCAUACUUCCUGAACCAUCCAAGGAGCUUCGCUCAAUGUUGCGUCACCUGUUGGAGAUGAUGCCAGCAUCAAAUGUGUCAGGACCUGGCAGAGACAACGCCAUCAACCUUCUAGUCAAACAAGUACCGCGCAAGUCCUUAAAGAACCCAGAUAACUCCCUGACACUAUGGGUGAUAGACCAGGGGCUGAACAAGAUUUUGGAAGUGGCUGCAUCAGUGCCUGAGCUCUCAGAAGGGCCAACACUUACAGAGAACUCCCACAUGAGCUGCUCAGUCUUGCUUAGCAAGCUUUACGAUGAUCUUCAAAGUGACAAGGAGAGGGAGAACUUCAACAAACUAUGUGAAGACUAUGUUCGACAACACUUUAACCAAACCGGCCUUGACGCCAAGCUGCGAGCCAUCCAGACCGUAUCUGUGCUCCUCCAAGGGCCGAGUGAUGUUGGAAACCGAACCCUAGAGUUGUCAGGAAUGAUGGAUGCAGUUAUAUCCUUGUGUGCCUCUGAAGAUGUAAUUCACCAGCAGGUAGCAGUUGAGGCUCUUAUUCAUGCUGCAGGUAAAGCAAAGAGGGCUUCGUUCAUCACAGCCAAUGGUGUAGCGCUUCUCAAGGACCUCUACAAGAAAAGUGAAAAUGACAGGAUACGCGUGAGAGCCCUGGUGGGUUUGUGCAAACUUGGAUCAGCGGGAGGGACAGAUUUCAGCAUGAAACAGUUUGCAGAAGGAUCCACACAGAAGCUGUCCAAACAGUGCAGGAAGUGGCUUUGUAACAAGUCUCUUCCUGCUACAUCCCGUCGAUGGUCCGUGGAAGGUCUCGCCUAUCUCACCUUUGAUGCUGAUGUGAAAGAGGACUUGGCUGAAGACAAGAAUGCUCUUUGGGCCAUGUUUGAAUUAGCAAAGUCUGAGGACAAAACAGUGCUUUUUGCUGUUGGCUCCACUCUGGUGAACUGCACCAACAGCUAUGAGGUGGAAAAGCCUGACCCUCAGAUGGUCGAGCUGGCCAAGUAUGCAAAGCAGCAUGUGCCAGAGGAGCACCCCAAAGAUGCAGCUUUAUAUGUAGAGAAGAGGCUGACAAAGUUGCUGGAGGCUGGAGUGGUUUCUGCAUUAGUGUGUAUGGUAAAACAUGAAAGUCCUGCUCUCACAGAUGCUUGUAGAGAAUGUAUCGCCAGGGUGUUCUUGGCUUUGGUGGAGCGGCAGGAAGAUAGAGGCACAGUAGUGGCACAGGGUGGGGGAAAGGCGCUCAUCCCACUGGCAUCUGAUAACACUGAUGUAGGAAAAGUCAAAGCGGCACAAGCACUUUCUAAAAUUACUAUCACAUCCAAUCCAGAGAUUGCCUUCCCAGGAGAAAGGAUUUAUGAGGUUGUGCGCCCCCUUGUCAGUCUCUUAAGUCUUCAUUGCACCCUGCUACAGAACUUUGAGGCACUCAUGGCUUUGACCAACCUGGCUGGAAUCAGUGAACGACUCAGACAAAAGAUAAUAAAAGAGAAGGCUGUGGCAAAAAUUGAAGGCUACAUGUUUGAGGAGCACGACCUGGUCCGAGCAGCUGCCACAGAGUGCAUGUGUAACCUCAUUCUGAGCACAGAGGUGCAGGAGCUGUACCUUGCCACUGGCAAUGAUCGCCUUAAGCUGCUUGUGCUCUACUGUGGCGAGGAGGACGAAAGGCUGAGAAGAGCCGCUGCAGGAACGCUGGCCAUGUUGACUUCUGAGCAGCCUGAGCUUUGUGCUCGCAUCACCGCAGCAACCACCCACUGGCUGGAGAUCCUGCAGGCAAUGCUACUCAGUGAAAUAUCUGAUUUGCGCCAUCGCGCAGCGGUCAUAGUUCAUAACAUGAUGCAGGCCGAGAAGAGUCUCGCCGAGACACUGAUUGAGAGUGAGGUUCUGGAGAUUCUUUCUGUUUUGGCAAAGGGGGGACAGGGUGCACCAGAACCAGCCAUAAAAGUAGCUCAGAGCUGCCUGGAUAAGGCGAUGGAGUACGGCAUCAUCAUGAGUAGAGAGGGAAACGAAAAGACGGAAGUAACGAAAUCCUGAAUCACCUGCACAGUGUGAAUAUAGCUAACAGAGAUAUAUCCACUACACUGAACACUUAAACCUACACUGAACACUUAAACCAUUUCAACUUCGGUGGUCAUCACUUUUGUCUGAAUUUCAUGCUAAAAAACUCAUAAAAGACCAGAAAAUUCCUAAAUUGGGUCAAGGAAUUGAUUAAAAAAAAAUAUAUAUAUAUAUACUUGUCACAGGUUUUAUACCCGCUUCAUUAAGUUUCCAAUAAAUGUACUGUA